AGACAUCAUAAUUGCUAUGAACGGAGCUGCGUGGUCAUUAGAGCUACUGAAAGGAUGGAUGCUCUCUUAAAAACAAAAAGGACUGCACUUAUGGACAGUCGAUGCACAAGAAAUGAAACAACUACUCAUUUUUUGCUUGCUAUUUGGGUCUAUAUUCCAUCAUGGCGACGCGGGAUGUAUCAUGCGAGGAUUGUGCCAGAAGCAUACUGAAAAUGCAUAUGGACCAUGUGUUACCAACGAUACUAAUGUGGAGCCCACAGCUUUUGACAAAACUCAUCCGGCAUAUGAGAAAAUGGUCGAGUUUUGCCCCCAUUUGCUAACUGGUGACAACAAACUCUGCUGUACGCCAUCGCAAGCGGAAGGACUGACUAAGCAAAUUGCACAAGCCCGACAUAUUCUGGGACGAUGUCCGUCGUGCUUCGACAACUUUGCCAAAUUGUGGUGCGAAUUUACGUGCAGCCCGAAUCAACAGGAUUUUGUAUCGAUCUCCGAAAUGAAACCAAUCGAGAAGAAAGAGGGAUUCACCCCAGAGUACCAACCAGCUGAGGCAUACGUGAAUACAGUCGAGUACAGAUUGUCUACUGAUUUUGCUGAGGGAAUGUUCUCGUCUUGUAAAGAUGUAACUUUUGGAGGGCAGCCUGCAUUACGAGUCAUGUGUACUUCUACUCCGUGUACUUUGACAAAUUGGUUGGAAUUUAUUGGAACUCAAAAUCUAGAUCUCAAUAUUCCAAUCCACACAAAGUUCCUUCUCUAUGACCCUAUCAAGACACCUCCAUCGGAUCGUUCAACGUACAUGAAUGUCAACUUUACUGGGUGCGACAAAUCAGCUCGAGUCGGCUGGCCGGCUUGUUCAACGUCAGAGUGCAACAAGGAAGAGUACGCAAACUUGAUCGACCUGGACGAUGGAAAAACUUCUGGGCAAACUUGCAAUGUUCAUGGCAUCGCCUGCCUGAACAUUUUUGUCAUGCUCGCCUUCAUCGGCUCACUUGCCGUGCUUCUUUGUGUUGGAUUUGUAUUCACAUCAUAUGACGAAGACUACACGAACUUGAGGCAAACACAAUCUGGAGAAGAAUCCCCGAAACGGAACAGAAUCAAACGGACCGGUGCCUGGAUUCACAACUUCAUGGAGAACAAUGCUCGAGAUAUUGGAAUGAUGGCGGGACGCAAUCCAAAGUCUCACUUUUUCAUAGGAUGUGCCGUUCUGAUUUUCUGCUUGCCAGGAAUGAUUUAUCACAAAGAGUCGACAAAUGUUGUUGAUAUGUGGUCUUCUCCGAGAUCCAGGGCUCGACAAGAAGAGAUGGUUUUCAAUGCCAACUUUGGACGCCCACAGAGAUAUCAGCAAAUUAUGUUGCUAAGUCACCGCGAUUUCCAAUCGAGCGGGAAGCUUUAUGGACCAGUAUUCCACAAGGACAUUUUUGAGGAGCUUUUCGAUAUUUUAAAUGCCAUCAAAAAUAUAUCAACGCAAGACUCUGAUGGUCGGACAAUCACACUUGAUGAUGUAUGUUAUCGACCUAUGGGACCAGGAUAUGAUUGUUUGAUUAUGUCUCCAACGAACUAUUUUCAAGGGAACAAAGAGCAUCUGGAUAUGAAAUCGAACAAAGAAGAAACGGUUUCCGAAGAUGAUGACGCGUUUGAUUAUUUCUCAUCGGAAGCAACAACAGAUGAAUGGAUGAAUCACAUGGCAGCAUGUAUAGAUCAACCAAUGUCCCAAAAAACAAAGUCCGGCCUGAGCUGCAUGGGAACAUACGGUGGACCAUCUGCUCCUAACAUGGUCUUCGGCAAAAAUAGUACGAAUCAUCAAGCUGCCAACUCGAUCAUGAUGACUAUCCUGGUCACACAGAGAACUGAGCCGGAGAUUCAAAAAGCAGAACUUUGGGAGAAGGAGUUUUUGAAGUUCUGCAAAGAGUACAGAGAAAAGUCUCCGAAAGUGAUUUUCUCGUUUAUGGCAGAAAGGUCGAUCACUGAUGAGAUUGAAAACGACGCAAAGGAUGAAAUUGUGACUGUUGUGAUUGCUCUGGCUUUUCUCAUCGGUUAUGUUACAUUCUCUCUCGGGCGUUACUUUGUGUGUGAGAAUCAGCUUUGGUCAAUUCUGGUACAUUCUCGAAUCUGUCUUGGAAUGCUGAGCGUCAUCAUAAACUUGCUCAGUUCGUUCUGCUCGUGGGGAAUUUUCUCCAUGUUUGGAAUCCAUCCGGUCAAAAAUGCGUUGGUCGUACAAUUCUUCGUUGUGACGUUGCUAGGCGUCUGUCGUACAUUCAUGGUUGUUAAGUACUACGCUCAACAAAGAGUCUCCAUGCCUUACAUGUCCCCCGACCAAUGUCCAGAGAUCGUGGGAAUGGUCAUGGCUGGAACUAUGCCAGCUAUGUUCAGUAGCUCGUUGGGAUGUGCUUUCAGCUUUUUCAUUGGUGGAUUCACAGAUUUGCCUGCAAUCCGAACAUUUUGUCUCUACGCCGGUCUUGCUGUUCUUAUUGAUGUGGUCUUACAUUGCACAAUUUUCCUUGCACUUUUCGUAUGGGACACUCAAAGGGAGCUCAAUGGAAAACCAGAGUUCUUUUUCCCAUAUCAAAUCAAGGAUCUUUUGGGUGCUUACCUUAUUGGUCGUCAGAGGGCGACAGACACUUUUAUGACACAAUUCUUCCACUUUCAAGUAGCUCCGUUCCUGAUGCACAGAAUGACUCGUAUUAUCACAGGAAUAAUCUUCAUUGCUUCUUUCAUUACAACAGUGAUCCUCUCAAGUAAGAUCAGCGUUGGAUUCGACCAGAGUAUGGCUUUCACAGAGAAAAGCUACAUCAGCACGCACUUUCGAUAUCUCGACAAAUUUUUUGACGUGGGACCGCCAGUGUUUUUCACUGUUGACGGAGAACUUGAUUGGCACAGACCAGAUGUUCAGAACAAGUUUUGUACAUUUCCUGGGUGUAGCGACACUUCGUUUGGAAACAUUAUGAAUUACGCAGUUGGACACACGGAGCAGACGUACUUGUCCGGUGAAAUGUAUAACUGGAUUGACAACUAUCUGGAAUGGAUUUCAAGAAAAAGCCCAUGUUGUAAAGUUUAUGUGCACGACCCCAACACAUUCUGCUCGACAAACCGGAACAAGAGUGCGUUAGACGAUAAGGCAUGUAGAACUUGCAUGGACUUUGAUUACGUGGCCAACUCGUACCCGAAAAGCUCAAUCAUGUACCAUCGUCCGUCAAUCGAAGUUUUCUACCGUCAUCUGAGACACUUUUUAGAAGACACUCCAAAUUCUGAAUGCGUUUUCGGUGGCCGUGCUUCAUUCAAAGAUGCAAUCAGCUUCACAUCUAGAGGACGUAUUCAAGCAUCUCAAUUCAUGACUUUCCACAAAAAGCUGUCAAUUAGCAACUCCAGUGAUUUCAUCAAGGCAAUGGACACUGCUCGAAUGGUAUCCCGUCGCCUUGAAAGAUCAAUUGACGAUACAGCUCACGUCUUCGCAUACAGCAAAAUUUUCCCAUUCUACGAACAGUACUCUACUAUCAUGCCAAUUCUCACUACCCAACUUUUUAUCACUGUUGUUGGCGUCUUCGGCAUCAUUUGUGUUACUCUUGGGAUUGAUGUGAAAGGAGCGGCUUGCGCUGUAAUUUGUCAAGUGUCCAACUACUUCCAUAUUGUGGCAUUUAUGUAUAUCUUUAAUAUCCCCGUCAAUGCCUUGUCUGCAACAAAUCUUGUAAUGUCGUCUGGAAUUCUAAUCGAGUUUUCUGUAAAUGUUCUCAAAGGAUACGCCUGCUCACUUCGCCAGCGAGCAAAAGAUCGCGCAGAGUCUACGGUUGGAAGUAUUGGACCAAUCAUUCUCUCCGGCCCAGUUGUCACUAUGGCUGGAUCUACAAUGUUUCUCUCGGGGGCUCAUCUUCAGAUUAUAACGGUCUACUUUUUCAAAUUGUUCCUCAUCACUAUUGUCAGCAGUGCUGUCCAUGCUCUCAUCAUAUUGCCUAUUUUGCUUGCCUUCGGAGGAUCGAGAGGCCAUGGAAGUUCAGAGACUAGCACGAAUGACAAUGACGAGCAACAUGACGCGUGCGUUUUGUCGCCAACCGCGGAAAGUCAUAUUUCAAACGUGGAAGAAGGAAUCCUUAACCGUCCUUCUUUACUGGACGCCAGCCACAUUCUCGAUCCGCUUCUUAAAGCGGAAGGUGGGAUUGAUAAAGCAAUUGAUAUCAUAACAAUCGAUCGCUCUUACCCAUCUACGCCAUCUUCACUGCCAUGUACCUCCCGAAUGCCAAGAGCUCAUAUAGAACCGGAUCUCCGAUCUUUGUAGAUACCGAUUUACUCUUCACUUAUUCUAUUCCAUACAUUCACUUUGUUAUUUCCGUGUCAUUUAUCAAAUGCCAUGUAUUGUACAUUUAUGCGGCAACAAUAGGUACUCUUGUUGUUUUUUGUCACUUCUCAUACACUUCUCAUCCACUCAUUAAAACUUUAUCAUAUUUUCAUUACUCUCAACUUCCCUGUGGUAAGCUAACGUAGUGAUAACUUUCUAAAUACGGGAUUUUAAAAGCAAUUUAAUGGUAUUUUGUCAUAAGUUUUCUUUUCUCUGAAUUGGUGGUUUUGUCAAACUUCUAAAUACAAAUUUCAAACUGGUAGUGGUCCUCAAAUGUUUCUAAACGUGCUUGAAAUUGUUUUCACUUUUCACUGGUCGCUCCUUCCUUCAUAUAUGUAAUCCACAUCAUUUGUGAUAAUUGUUAACCUGGUUCUCAAUGCAUUUUACAUGAAUUGCUUACACGACAAAUAAAUAAUUGUUCUUUAAAA